AUGAAAAUACUGCAUUUCUUCUGGACUUACACUAUUAAAUAGAAUGCUAACAAUAUUCAAAGUAAACAUAAUGAGACACUCGCCAUUUAAUCUUAUUUCUAAACCUCAUUUGUAACACGCAGAGAAUUGUAAGAAGAUGAUAACAACUGUGCUUUUCCAAACAACAUGCUUGAACAAUGA